AAGUUUCAGUUCGCCAGUAGGGCAUUGUGCAAUUGGCCAAUUCCCUUCCACAAAUCGAUGAACAGUCAGUAAGUGAAAAAAAGGGAAUAUAAACAUUCUAUUACUGGAAUCGCUUCGCUGAUCACAAGGUUUUAUGCAGGUUAAAGUAGAGUGGUAUAUUCAUCCGAUCCCAAGGAAUAUAUAAAGAAAGCUUUUUUCGCUAUGGAGGAGCAAACCCUUUUCAGUAAAUUGAUGAUAAAUCUCCGUGCCACUUGCAAGUACUACACUGGCUACCCAAAGGAUCUUGGGCCAUCGAAAGUUAUCCACUUUACGUCGGAGCGUGAAUUUGUCCAGCUUCUUCAUCAAGGAAAUCCUGUGGUUGUUGCAUUCACUAUAAAGAGUAACUAUACAAGACAUCUUGACAAAGUGUUGGAGGAAGCUGCUGUAGAAUUUUAUCCGAACGUAAAGUUUUUACGUGUUGAGUGCCCAAAGUACCCUGGAUUCUGCAUAACACGACAAAAGAAGGAAUAUCCUUUUAUUGAGAUAUUUCACAGUCCAGAGCAAGCAUCUAAUGAGGGUAAGGUUGCUGAUCCAAAUAUUACAAGAUACUCCGUGAAAGUCUUACCUUUCAGCUAUGAUCUCAGUGCUUAUGGAUUCAAAGAGUUUUUCAAGAGACAUGGAAUUCAAUCAUCUAGUGGCCCUCAUAAGUAAAUUCUGUCAAAUUCAGCUUAAUAUCGCUUGACAACAUCUCCUACGUCGCUGUUACAGUUUAAACUUCACCAAUCUACAUUUUUACUACUUGAAAAGAAGAUUUAAAAGUUUAUAGUGUGUGCAUUUUUGGAAAUUUGACACUUUUUUUACUGCUCCUUAGUAAACGUGCCAAGUCAACACGAGAAAAAUAUUUUCGAACGAGGAAAUAUUCCAUUAGGUAUUUGGGGUGGGAUGGAGGGAUUGCGGGUAGUAAUCAUUAAUUUUUCGAAUGAAUCAUUGUGUGGGGG